UCCAGUGACAUGUCCCUCUUACUGUACACAGACACACACACAGAUUGCUCCAUUCAUGGCUACUAAUAACGCAAUCGCCAAGUGGCCAAUGCCAUCAAUACAGGGCGCACGCCGCGAGUCAUUAUUAUUCCCCUGUUGGUUAAUGGCAAGGGGUUUCCCAAACGUAAACUUGGAAGCAGAUAUAAGCAGGUGAAGACUUCGAGGGACGAUCAGAUACCACUGCGAUACCACUACUUGCUAGUAUACUGACUGCUGUGACUGUCGGUGAACUAGGAUUUGUGUACCACAUAAUUGUAUAACUGUAUUUUUAUUUAAAAUCUUUUUACAAAUUAUCGAACAAUUACCGCACUGGAAUCUGGAUGCCUUCUUUUUGUGAAAAUUUGUGAGCAAGAUAGCAAGACCUGGAGAGUUUACUGUGAAUUUCUACUUUUAAAGUUAAACUGACUAUUGUUUUGAACUGUAUGCUAAUAUUGAGACUCUAAUUUUCAGGAUCCUAUUAUACUGGAUUAAUAGAUUUUUUUUCUUCAGAUUUUGAGGUUGAAUUAUGAGUCAAGAUGACUUUCCUAUCAAAGUACCACUCGAUGUGGAUUGACCGUAAAGUUGAGGGCAAGAAAAGAGAAAUAUAAAUCGAUCGCAAAGAUCCAGAAGGUUCGUCGAAGUCUGAAGCGGUCAUCUCGUAGGGUCAAGAGCAACCUGAUGAUGCGAGAGGACUCGAUGGAGACAGAGCCAGCCAUGGACACCCAAGACAUGAACCACACUGCGCCUCUGGCCACCCUAGCAACCACUUCCAUCGAUGAGGACAUCAUUUUUGAGAGCAAGGGGCAGAAGAAACGAGGGGGUACGUUCCCCAGAAUGGCGCACUUUGAUGUCCCGGAGGAAACGCCUCCGGGGUCGCAGAACGGCACCUUGAAAGCAAACGGGACGCAUCGGCCUCAGCGUCAGAAUGGAAGCCUAAAAGGACCAUGGAAUCGGAAGACCAGGGGUCGAGGGAUUCCGGUUAAGAAAGAAGACACUGCUAAAGUUUUGGAAAUGUACCUAAAAAGGAGAAGCAAGAGUCUUAACGAUGCUGUUCUUACUAGGGAAUAUUUUGCUCAGGAAAAGAAGAAGCGGGUAAGGUCGGCAAGGAACAAUACCGUGUCUAUAUGUUCUACGCUCAGUACUGACUCCACCACGAGCGAGGUUCAUGUUCAAGCAACAAUGGUUGCAGAAACAACUUCAGAUGUGCCAGCGGAUAAGACUGUGUUUUCAAGAGCUAGUGUGACACAGCAGAGUUUCCAUGAAGCGAUGAAGUGCUCAAUUAUGGAGGAGAGUUCCGCAAUGGAACAAAGUGCCGAUGACGAACUGUCAUCGUCAGAUGAACAGUCUCCAAGAUCUCGCUCGGCGCCAUCUACCUUACGAAUGCAAGUGCAUAGGGACCCUAAGGAAGGAAUGGACACACUGAAGCUGAAAGACAAGGAAAAUGGAUCUGCCACUCUUACAAGAGAUGGCUACAAGCGUGAUAGUAAGAAGGAACCAAGACGGAAGCGUAGUUUUUUAGAUAAAGCAAAAAACAUUAUGAGAUCCCCGAGUACUUCUCGGAAAAUCAUUAGGACACCAAGUGCUGUGCAAAGACAAGAGGACAAAGAGAAAGAAAGACUCAAGGAAGAAAAAGAGAAGGAGAAGGAAAGACAAAGGGAAGAAAAAGAAAAGGAAAAGGAAAGACUGAGGAAGGAGAAAGAAGAAAAAGAACUACUGGAUAAGAAAUUAAAGGAGUAUAAAGAAAGGGAAAAGGAAAAAUUGAAAGAAAUGGAACGGAGAAGGAAGGAAGAAAAAGAAAGGGAAAAGGAAUGGGAGAAGGAAAGAGAAAGGUUACGGAAAGAGCGGGAGAAGAAGGAAAAGGAAGAACUGGAGAAGUCACACACUAGGCAUCAUGCCAGAACUGAAGUUCAUAGAGAAAUGAAAAAGACCGGCUUCACUGCCAGACUCAAGCAAUCAUUUCGACGGUCAUCACGUGACCGCCAUCAUCACCAUCACCACCGCACCAAAGACCACAUACCCUCCAAACCCCCAGAACUCCCUCCAAGGCCUCCAGAACUCCAACAGCCAAAGGAUGUUAAACCCAGGCGGUGGCCCAGCUUUCAAUUCAAACGGAAGUCGCGGAAAAGCGCAUCCACACCUACCGACGAAAGUGGAGCCGGUGCAACGACUCCUUCCGAUACUGCCUCAAUGGACUUUGAGUAUUUCGCGUCACGCGCAGACCACACCCGCUCGCUCAACGACGCUGAGCGAAGAAGACUGAUAAUUGAAAUGCGUCAGGCGAGACGAGAAAACUCAGGUAACGCUAGUGAUUCUCAGGUAUUGGAUCGCGUCCAGGGAGCGCAUCCGCCGCUCUCCCAAGCCACAUCCCAUGAUUCUUUUGGUUCCUUUGCGUCAUCGGAAGGGUCGGAGAGACCCGAGAGGCCACGAACUUUGGCGUUCAGAAGAACUAGAGCAGAAAGAGCACAGAGAGGAUUGAAUAAUGUGAUCCGACUAGACAGCACAACACCGGGUCAUGUGAGGAGAGACGUGGACACAUCGUUUCCUGUCCUUCCAGCAGCAUUGGUUGCCGAUGACCUCGUACGAGACGGAGGCACUAGCUCGCACCCUGAGAGAGGGGCUAACGGGGGCGGAGAAGGACCAGACAGGAACGUGACAGACUCGUGGACUGAGAGCGGAGAUGGCAGUGACAUUCCAUUUGAGCAGCGCAACCAAGAGGAACGGGAGGAAUACUUCAAGCGCAUCGCCGACAGGUUGGCCAUGAUCGGGGAUCAGGCACUGGCGGACUACGAGUUCAACGACAGCACCGGUGGGGCAGUAGGGGGACAGCAGAGACCGAUCCAGAGCACCUGCACAACCGAAACGUAUGCUUCCUGUUCAGCUUCUGUGAGUGGCGCAACAGCAGCACCAGGUGUAAGUCGGGACUACACAGCUGAAUACGUUGAGAUAGGCCAACGGAUACAGACCGAUGUGGAUGGCUUCCAGCUGAGUCAGAGACGCAGGAGCCAGGCGUUCUUCCCGACCGGCAUGUUGAUGGGCGUCAUCUUGAACGACACCUACCAGUCUUUCAGCAACACCAUGCAGUCCAUCGUCGGCCAGGAGGUCGGCAUGGAGCAGCUUGCGAUAGUCUUCAAGUUCACCAAGGUAGCCGUCAGGCUUGCCCACUCCAUGGGGAAGCACGCCAGCAGCAUCAAGGACAACAGUGUCCGCUUCAUCAGCGAUCGCUAUGCCGUCUGGCUCGACAGCCAAGGAGGAUGGCCAAAGGUUGAGGAAGAUAGUGAGACCAUAUCAACAGAUGUUUGAAAAGCAUUUACGCGGGUUCCGUAGUGACGAGCGACGACUCAGACUCUCUGCACGAAGAAUCAGAGAUAGACUGAAGGUCUGACAGGGACAAGAAAGAAGGUAGAGAAGGAAAGAGGGAAGACAGUUUAUGCUUACAGUGAUAAAUGCUGCACGAGCCUCUUCAGCAACAUAGUGUACAUUCCUAAGGAAGGAUAAAGAAGAGAUGGCGCACUUUCUGCCACACCAUCAUGGUAUUAUGCACGCUGGUCUCCUAUUUCCAACUGUCAGGCAAAAGAUAUUCAUUCGAGCCAACCCAUUCUCCAUUGUUUUUAAUUUGAUAUAGGUGAUUGACAAAAGUGAGACUCGCUAUUCCCCGUCUUUGCUUUGAUACCAAGUGAGGGCAGCAGACCUCGAUUUAGACCUCAUUCAUUAAUCGUAAGAGAGUUUUGCCCAACUAUAGUUGGAUAUGACCCAAUCAGGCAGAUGCUGCUAUGUUAGGCAAGUAUAGGGGAAAAAUAGAAAGCCUACAGCCUCACAACCUUCUGAGGGCAAUAGUUUUUACUAUUGCCGAAAUAAAAAGCCAGCCAAUAUUUGUUUUGUACAUCAGUUAUUUCUGAGCCCAGCAAUAGUAAGAAUUAUUGCCCUGAUCAAUCAAUGCCAAUCAUUAUAUUUGUAAUCGAUAACAAUUUUAUUAAUGUAUUUUUACUUUCAUAUUUAAAACCUCCUGUAGUCCCAUCCCUUCUUGUCAUUGCUGGUCUUACAUCUUCCGUUAAGUUUUUAGAUGUAAUUUACAGGUUGAUAUAAUAGAUUGACAUUGUAACUGAAAACACCCCAAACCUCCGUGUACAGAACAAUCGUUGUUACAUUUUAAGAAGUGCUCUGCGCCAUCUGGUGCCAUUCUGUUUGUUUUUUAAUUAUUGGUAUUCUGAUUUUUUUAUACUCGUUCAUUUAUACUCAUCGUUUUAUCUUUUAAGAAGGCCUUUUAUUGCCUAUAAGGCAAACAGCUAUGCUGCAUGUUAUGGGUGAAAGGGUUCAUCUUUUUCCUCUAUGGCCUUGGUAUAUAUCAUUUGAUUAUAAUUGAUGAGAAAGCCUAUGUAAUAUGCCAACAGUAGCAGUUGGGUUUUAGAAGCUCUUGUUCAAAAUGUUCCCAGGGAGUGGAGACAGUGCAUACAUUGUGUGCUGGCAAGCGAGGAUCAGAAAAAUGUAUCAUUCAAACCUGUGAAGACAGUGAAAGGUAUAUGUUCAUACUAAUUAAAUAAUCAAUGCAUAGAAAUUAUAUAACUGAUUUCAAUCAAUUAUUUUUAAUUGAAAUGGCAGAAAUUUUGAAAUCUUGCUAUGAAUUCCAAAAUCUUGGAUCGUGCCAGGCAUGACUUGUUUGAAUGGAAGCGAGUCAUGCAAAGAAGUUUUAAGUAUUAUUGGUAUUAAUUUUGUGCAGAUGAUGAUUGUUACUUUUGUCUUUCGUUCAUGUUUUAUACUUAAGACAAAGAAUUUUCUCUCUUUUUUUUACAAUGAAAGUGAUAUAUGAAUUUAUUCUACUGUCUUACCAGCAAAACAAACUCCAAAGUGACAGAAGCUAUUAUGUUAUUUCUCAUGACAUACCAUUGAUCAUUUUGGAGUCAGUUUCAUUGGUAUGACUGUAGCGAUACUGUUGUUUGAAAAGGUUUACAAAGUGGCCAAUUCCUUAAAGUACGUACGUCCGACCCCUCUAUGGGGGACCUUCAUGAAAUUUUCCAUCUCAGGUUUCUUGUUCUUUUGACAGCCUGUAUAAUGUUCUCAAAUGACCAUGACUUGGUCAGUUUAUGAAGUGAAGUAAAGACUUAAGGAAAAAUGGGAGUCGGAUGUACAAAAAGGUUGAUCAUUUUAUGGAAUUGCCCAAGUGUGUCUAAAGUACCUUAUUGAUUUACCUAUGUCUUUUUAAGGUCAUUCCAUUUUCAACACUGUUGGAGCUACUGUUGAAAAAUGUAUCAAGUGUAAUUUUGAAUAUAAGAGCCAUUUUAUUAUUGUUACUCUCAUAUAAACAUAC